ACAGACACACUGUGGCCGGAGAGAGGUGGUAACAGUGGAACUUGAUGGAAUCCGUGUUUUGGGAUGUUAUUUGAGGGGCUGGUUUCCGUGGCGACGGGACCCAUGGUUGGGGGAAUGUCCUGUGAGCUCCGGGUUUACGGGCCGAUGUGCUGUGGCUGACCCCGCUGUUGCCUCGGGCGACCGUCUCACUCGGCUCUGUUUGGGAGAUGCUGAGGGGUCAUCUCUCUCGCUCCCGCUCUCGCACGCUCCCUCGCUCGCCCACUCAGACGUCUUUAAAACUCCAUGCCAUUGAUCAUUCAGUAAUUUCUUUCCUUCUGAUCUGUCUUUCUUUCUUGUUUCUUCUCCUUCUUUAUUCCUUUCAUUCGUUCUUUCUUGCCUUCUCCCCUCUCUCUCUCUCUCUCUCUCUCUCUCUCUCUCUCUCUCUCUCUCUCUCUCUCUCUCUUUCUCCUCUCCCCCCCCCUCUCUCUCUCCUCUCUCUCUCUCUCUCUCUCUCUCUCUCUCUCUCUCUCUCUCUCUCUCAGAUUGAGGAUGAUGGGAAGGCGGAGCUCAGCAGGAAGUUGAGGGUGGGAGACGAGCUCAUUAACAUAAAUGGCUCCGCCCUCUACGGCAGCCGCCAGGAAGCGCUCAUACUCAUCAAGGGGUCCUACAGGAUCCUCAAGAUCACCGUCAGAAGACGCACCGUUCCCGUGAUCCGACCUCACUCCUGGCACCUGACCAGAGUACCAGAGCCUCCUCUUCCUCCUCCUCCUCCUCCUCCUCCUCCUCCUCUCCCAUCCUGCCUCUCACCCGAAGACCAGGAGGACUCUCCUCCCCUCCCCCCUCCUCCCCCUCCCCUGUCUACCAUGCAGCUUCACCCUGGGGCCUGCCCUCUGUCCUGGAACAACUCAUCCUCCUCUGAACACAGUGACCUCCAGUGGGGGCAGCUCUCUCGGCCGUACUCAUCCACCGACCGUAGCAGCUCCCUGGGCUCCAUGGAGAGUUUGGACACGCCCACCCCGACGCCGCGCCCGUUCAGCGACGCCCAUCCAUCCCCCGUCGACUCUGCCCUCUCCAAGCGAGACUCCGCCUACAGCUCCUUCUCGGCCAGCUCCAACGCGUCCGAGUACGCCGCCGCGGUGUCGCUUCGCCCGGGCGAGGCCAACUCCAUGGACAACCUCCUGCAGAGCCUGGGACCGGCCUGCCGAGGGUACCCAGGCGGGGACACCCCUGUCCUGGGGAGGGCUGUAGGCGAGGCCCCGGAUGACGCAGGGUUGGUGGUGGUGGGCCUCAAAUCCAGGUCGCUGACCAGGCCAAAGACGAGGCCCGCUGUGGUCAAGGACCGGCCCUCCUCCUGCUGCUAUGAGGAGGAGCGGAGGGGAGGAGGAGUCUUUGGAAGAGCGAGCGACGACGAUAAGGAGCUGGGAACCAGUAUGAACCCCCCUCGACCUCCGACCAGGAAGGACAGUUUCAGGGCCACCAGGAGCAGGAAGAAGAGCCCCGACUCGGGUCCACCGGAUUCUCCUGCGCCCUCCUCUAACCGCAACGACGACAGCGACAGUGGCGGCGGUGGUGGUUCCAGACCCUCCCGCCUCCGUCGACAACCGGAUACCCCCAACGGCUGCACCGCGGAGCCUGCUGUCGGGGACAGCAACGGUAACCCAAAAGAAGACCCUUUGGAAUGUUACCUGAACGCCCGGAACCAAAGCAAAGCACUCCGUUUUCUGGAAAGGGACUGCGGCACCAAGACAGUCUACAUAUCAGAGGAGCACAAAGCUCCCCCGGUUCCUCCCAAGAGCUUCACCGCUCUCCCCGCCACCUGCUCCUCGAACCCUGCCUCCUCUCCUCCAGAACCACCGAUGGAGGACCAGGGGGAACUCCAGCCGUUGCACCCCAGGGCUAGGUGCUCCUCCUACGGGGAACUGCAUCACCAGAGCGACCCCGAGAACCUCACCGCCAGCACCGCCACCACCGCCAGCACCGCCAGCACCGCCACCACCGCCACCACCGCCACCACCGCCACCACCGCCACCACCGCCACCACCGCCACCACCGCUACCACCACCACCCAGCUUAAGUCACUCCACCUCAACGGAGACGCCUCUUCAUCUGGACCUCACGACCGCUCACACCCCGCUCCCCCAGGACCCCUGCCCUCGCCCCCCUCUAGUAGCGCUCGUUCCUACCGCUCGCCCCUCCAGUCCGCCAGCGAAGACCCCCACACGGACCCGCCAUUAGCUCUGGAUCACUGCCCCGACCCCGACCCCGCCCUGGAGGCCCAGCAGAGCAGCUGGGGGGGCAGCCGCUGCUCCACCCCGGGCUCAGUGUUCCUGGAGCUGGACGCCAUCGCCGGAGACGCGGGAGGAAGGUCGGAAGACGGGGAGGGAGGCUCCGCCGCUGGGUCGGGAUUCUCCCCGCCUCACGGGCACCAUUCCUGGGGUCGGUCCGCGAGCGUCCCGGGGGAUCUGGCGGCCCCCUGCACGGACCAUGACGGACUGGCCGCCGGUCGGCUGGCGGACGGAGACUUUGUGCCUCUGAGUGCGGCUGCGAGUGUGGACAGCUUGCUGGAGGAGCAGAGGGGAGGAGGGGGAGGAGGAAGAGAGGCGGAGGACGGAGACGCGGCGGCGAAGAGGCUGAACUCGUCCAAGAACCUCCGGCGGCACCGCCGUCGGAGCGAGCGCUUCGCCACCAACCUCCGCAACGAGAUCCAGAGGAAGAAGGCCCAGCUGCAGACCGGCCGGGGCCCCGGGGGACUGCUGCACAGCGGGGCCACCCUCCACGAGGAGGAGGGCCCGGAGCUCCAGGACCAAGGCUGGGGUGACCCGGGCCCGCCCGCCCAGGAACGGAGCCCUAACGCGGGGUACUCCCGCUCCACCUCCGUCUCCACGUCCGAGUCCGGGCAGGAAGGUUCCCAGGGCGAUCCGAGGGGGCCCGCCCGGAGCCGGGACUCUCCGGCCCCGGUUCUGGACCUGACCACGCCCAGCUUCGGGGUCAGCAUCCGGGUGGUGGAGGAACCGGCGCCGGCCGGCAAGGCCCGCCGGUGGCGCUGGACCCCCGAACACAAGCUCCAGCCGGAACUGGAACCGGGCCAGUGGUCCGGCGCUGAGCGACCCGAGGCGAAGACCCCCGGGGGGUCUCGGCACGGGGUCUGCGCCUUCGCCUGCACCACCAACUCCGCCAACUCCUCCACUUCCUCCUCCUCCGGCCGCUCCUACUCCACCUCCCGCAUCGAGGAGUCCGAGAUCCUGCCGUUCGCCGACCGGAUGAAGUUCUUCGAGGGGAUGAAGUUCUCGAGGAGACGAGUCGGAGCGGCUCGGUGUUCCAGCCUCUGCAGCCCGCGGAGGCAGGCGUCCCCCGUGGCCGAGCCCCGCGGCGGGGGGGACCCCGGCCAGCACCGAGCCCAGCGGAGGUACUCCCUACCAGGGGGGGGUUCUGCAGGAAAGUGCCCCGCCGCCCGGCAGCGCGGAGGCCCGGAGACAAUCUGUGAGCACCAACAGGGAGAAGGAGAGGGAGAAGGAGAGGGAAAGAGAAAGAGAGAGAGGGAACACGAGAGGGGAGGACCGGGCGAGGGAGAGACAGAGGGAGCGGGAGGAGAGACAAAUGGAGAGACAAAGGGAGAAGGAGCGGGAGGAGAGAGAGCUGAUACUGCAGAGGGCGGAGAGACUGCAGGCGAGGGAGAGGGAGAGAGAGAAGGAGAGGGAGGAGAGGGUGAGGGGAGUGGGCGAGGGAGCGAGAGAGGGAGGAGAGGGAGCGAGAGAGGCAGGCCAGGGCGAGAGAGUGGGAGAGGGAGAAAGAGAGGGGAGAGGAAGAUGGAGGCCGAGCGGCUGAGGGAACAGCGGGAACAAGAGAAGGAAUGGCUGGAGAGAGAGAGGAGACAGAAGGCCCGGGAGCGAGAGGCCGAACAGGGAGAGACUCUCUCAGCUGGGCCAGAGCGAGGACCUGACCAGACGGAGCAGCCCCGCCUCCAUCAGGAGGACCAGCCCCAUCAGGCCCCGCGCCCCCAGGGCCAAGCCCAGGACCAGCCCCCGCGGUCGGCCUUCCACCCCGUCGGCGGCCCCUCUCUGCACCAGGGAGAGAACCAGGGAUUCACGUCCAGGAGCUACACACCUGACGAGGCUCACCCAACCCGCAAGACGCAGGAAGCCCCAAAGCUCAACAGGAAGUACAGCCUGACCGAGAGGGACUAUCCCAGGUUGAGGAGUGACUCUGUACCCCUGGAGGCCGUUCAGCCUCAUCCCCAUCGCCCCCAGCCUCAGCAUCAGCACCGCCCCCACCAGCCCGUCACCACGGAGACCACCCGAGCGCGCCGCACCGCACCGCGCUCCCUGGCGCAGCAGGGCCGGGCCAUGUCGGAGAACGACCUGCGCCACGACGCCGGCCGGCACCCCCGCCGGUCGCCCGCCGUCUCCAUGACGACCAGCCAGAUCCUCAGCGAGGCGGACGAGAGCGGGCGUGAGUCGGGGCCAAUCAGGAAGAAGGUCCCGCCCCCGCCGAGGCCGCCGCCCCCAAAGUGGGAGGAGUUCCACCGCAGGCGGGCGUCGCACCACAGCCUCUACUCCUCCCCCCCCUCCUCCUCGUCCUCCUCCUCCCCCCUGUCCUUCUCCCCUCUGCCGCCCCAUCACUCCAUCCCCCCGGCCUUCCUCCCCUCCAACGGAGACUCCUCCUCCUCCUCUUCCUCCCGGCUCCCCGUGGAGCCGUCCAGGCCGCGCUCCUACAGCCUCCCCCCAGAGAGGCCUCAGGUCCUGGGGAGGAACCAGGGCCCAGAGCCCGCCGGCGCACCCUCCAGCCAUGGCCAGGCCCAGCCCCGCCUCCAUGACCGCCCCCUCGCUAGCCCUACAGCCAAUCAGCACCCGGCGGCAGAAACACUGGACCGCCCCUACAAUCACAGCACGGACAAUCUAAAUAAGGCACAAGUUCAGGGCCAUUGUGCCUAUUCUCAUGGCGUAGCCAAUCAAAAUCAAGAGCAGAAUCACAAUCGUCCUCGUUCUAGCAGCUCAACCAAUCAGAGCCCGGAGCCCUUGCAGGACCGCCUCUUCAAUAUAGCUCCGCCCAGUCCCAUGUUUUCCAGGAGGGCGUUCCGGCCAGUGGCCCCACCCCCAAGGGAGAGGGGCGGAGCCUCGAGGAGUCAACAGGAAGAAGUGCAGGAGAAUGGAGGGGCUGUACUUCCUCUUCCUCCUCCUUCGUCAGCGCCGGCAGGAAGCUGUGUUAGCAGCUCGUGGGAAACCCAGCGAUCCAGACAGGAGCCCGAACAGGAGCCAUCCCUACCCAGGCACCAGGCGGAUCAAAGAGCUUCGGCCCAUUGGGAUAGGAAGAGGACUCCAUCUCCCAGCAUGCACUGCAACACGUCACAUGCUCCUCCUCCUCCCGCUGCGACCACUGCGUUAGAAAACGGAGUCGUUCCCGCCCCGGAGCGCUACGAACAGCAGCGGAACCACAGAGGGUUCCGGAACUACCUCGGGAACGCCGGCGAUCCGGAACACCGGGGCGGGAGUGCGGAACCCGAAACGGAACCGGCGGGAACAGAGUCGGAGGCGACGCUGAGCCCCAGCCCCGCCCACAGCCUGGAGGCGGAGCUGGACAUCCCCAUGGAGACGGACAUUGACGACUAUCAGGAGGAAGAGGAGGGGCCUAUGCCCCGGGUCAAUCCAAUCACGAGCGAGCACCCGUGCUUCGCCCUGCCGGUCACGGUGGUGGAGACGGACAUCGACGCCUCGCCCGACCUGGACGCCUCUCCUCCGGGCCGGACGCGGGCGGUGAGCGGGUCCCUGGAGGAGGAGGAGGAGGAGGAGGAGGAGGAGGAGCUGAGGCCCCGGGGCCCCGGCAGGGAGCAGCUCUCCCCCCUGGGCAGCGAGGGGGAGUGGGGCCCCGAGAGCUGGAGGGGGGCGUACCGGGGCCUGGGCCACGACACCGACAGCUUGGAGAGGCACUCGGGCAGGAGCUCCAGCUGCUCCUCUCACUACGGCGUGCCAGCCACCAGACCUCAGCUGCCCUCCCACAGGAAGGACCCGCCCGACCUCCGUCACCACGACGACGAGGAGGAGGACCUCACCUACAAGCGGCAGCUGAUGGAGAGCCUGCGUAAGAAGCUGGGCGUGCUGCGAGAGGCCCAGAGGGGACUGCAGGAGGACAUCAGAGCCAACACUCAGCUGGGGGAGGAGGUGGAGAGCUCGGUGGUGGCGGUGUGCAAGCCCAACGAGGUGGACAAGUUCCGGAUGUUCAUCGGGGACCUGGACAAGGUGGUGAGCCUGCUGCUGUCGCUGUCGGCCCGGCUGCUGAGGACCCAGACGGCCCUGGACACCCUGGGGCCCGAGGCCGACCAGGCCGAGAGGCCCCCCCUGGUGGAGAAGCAGAGGCAGCUCAUGCGGCAGCUGUCUGAGGCCCAGGACCUGAAGGAGCACGUGGACCGCAGAGAGCAGGCCGUGGGCCGGGUCCUGUCCCGCUGUCUGUCCCCCGACCAGCACCGAGACUACUGCCACUUUGUGAAGAUGAAGGCGGCCCUGCUGGUGGAGCAGAGGCAGCUGGAGGACAAGACCCGCCUGGGGGAGGAGCAGCUCCGGGGGCUCCGGGAGAGCCUGGACCUGGGCCUGGGCGUCGGCCUGUCCCUGGGCUACGGACACUACUGACAACAGCCCCACCCACCAGGAGUUAGACCGCACCAGGAAGCGGGCUGAACCCAGGAAGUAGACUGAACCAGAGGGGUCGAGAUUAAGAUCAACCCGAGAGCAAAACCAAGCCAGGGGUGAGGCUGAGCCAGGGAGGGGACCGGAGACCUGGGGGUAUAAAACAGGCUGUUGACAUUCCAACCCCUAACUAACCAAGAAGCACAAUGAGCCAGACGGUAUCACAAAACCAGGAAACAGUCCUGACGAGAGAGAGAGAGAGAGAGAGAGAGAGAGAGAGAGAGAGAGAGAUUAUUGGCUGCAAACAUUCCAUGCCCAGGAAGUAAACAGGCGCGGCCCGAGAUUGUCCAUUCCGUGUAUCCCAUGUUCCUCCUCAAAGAGAAAGCUAGGAGGAACCCUUAAGACACAGAGACACCACACAUUAGGAGUGUCACACACACAAACACAUUCAUGGACCACGUCCUACCCUGCUCCUCCUAACACCUACGGGUUGGUGGUGGUCCCACACGGGCCGACAGACACUGGGCGGGCUGUGUGAAGCCCAACAGGAUUAGCCGCGCUCAUUCCAGACCAGGACACUUGAACACACAGAGCACGCCACUCGGCCGAGAGUGGGCCGCAGAACGCUUAGCGUUGUGUCUACCACGCGCCAUCGAUUAGCCGGCAAGCGGACCACUGACUCACCGACCUUUCUCCACACGGGGAAUAGAACCUCUUGUUCCCGGGUAGGGUUGGUGCCUUGCUCUCCAUAGGGAGGAGAACCCCUUAACCCCAAGGCUGGAGACUCAUCUGCUGUAACUUUAUGCUGUUAUAAACACGCAUACGUGUUGCACACGCAACUCCUACACCGUUGUCCUUCCAAUAUUAUUCAUUACCAAAGAAAAAACCCACUUUCGGCUUGCAUCAGAUUAAAAACGGUGUCAUCGGGACUCAUUUUAUUUAUUUCACAUGUAUAGAUUAAAACGUGAAUGAUUUAAUAAAAGAAACGAUUUCUGUUGGUGCUUUGAGGCAAAAAUAUAAAAUCUGUUUAGUACCUGUGCUUGAUUGGAUUCGCUCUCUAUUUUGACCACAUCAGAAGACUGAAGGACAAUAUGUAACGAACGUCCAGCACUACAGUAGAAGUGGAGACACAGGAGCAUCGCUGUAUAUUUGACUGUAUAUUUGAGUCGUUUUGGAACACCAUGAAACUUUCCAUGAGAAAAUAUGAAGAUAUGGUUCUGUAAAAUAACAACAAAACACUACCUGUGUGUGUGUGGGGGUGGUUGAGUGUGUGUGUGUAUGGGUGAGUGUGGUUGUGUGUGGGCAUGCAUGAGCAUAUUUGAUGAAUUUUUUUACUGUUUUGCAUUGUUGCUUUUCACAGUUUAACUGCUGAUUAACCAUACACAAAACACACACAACACUACAAUCAAAUGUUCACGAGGCAUAAACAUUUUACUCACAAAAAAACAAACAGACAUAUCGAUCAUACUGAAGCAAUAAGUUUAAUAAUCCAUUCACAUAAAAUCACUUGAGUAUAACGUUGAUUAUCAGUUCAUAAUUUAGCCAUAUAGCCAAUAGAAGUACCGAACAUGUGUUGCUUACAGUUUCAGAAAAGUUAAUGUUUGUUUGAUAUGCUCUGUUCCGGAUUGGUUUUGUAUUGAAUACUUGAGUAUCUUGAACACAUCACUUUGCUUGUUACUGACCACACAAGCAUAUGGAAAAUGCUGCUCAUUCACCUUUAACAGAUGCUAUGCUGCAUCACACUUACAUACAAGCAAACAUCAAACGUGUAAUACUGUCGAUACUGCUUUGUUCUUGCAUUGUAUAUAUCGUAUAUAUAUUGUUGUACUGUAUUGAACAAACUGGAGUCUUAUUGGUUGGUUGAAAAAAUAAAAAAUAAAUGUUUUGUUCGGCGUCACCAGUGAGAAAGCACAUAUUUUUCUGUCUCUAGUUUGUCAUAUGUAAUAAUGAUGACCUGUUCCAAUAACGCCUUAUUAAAACAAUUUAACUGCAAA